AUACAAACAAAUAAAACACGAGUAAAGAACAUAUGAAUUUUUGUUUGUAGGUGUAAAAUAUUUGGAAAUUUAGUGACAUGACCCAGUAACAAAAAAUUAUGUUAUUAUAGUUCAUAAGUUUUGUAAGAGAAGCAUUACACUAAUUUGAAAAUAAUUUGGAAAUCACAAAAAUAAUGCCAAACAUAUUUUACUAACUGCAAUCAUAAAUUUACUUGAGAAAAAUGGAUUUAGCAAGAUCUCUAUUUGAAACGAGAAAUCACGAAGGUUAUGUUGGAAAAGAAGCUAACACGAAACGGGAAUUUGAGCAAGUAAUAGAACCUGAUGAUACAGAUGAUAGUAUAAUUGAAAGUUUCAGCCAAGGCCUUACUGUAUCUGAUACUGUGUUACCUAGUCCUGGAAGUCCUUUUUCGGCAUUGACACUCAGUAUGUGUCCACAGGAUAUUAUUGCAAAACAGGCUGUUCCAGAUGAUCCUAAUUCCCAACCGGAAUACAGAUUUGAUGAAUUUGGAUUCCGUGUUGAUGAAGAAGAUGGUCCUGAACAAAAUUCCAGUAAACUUCUUGGUAUUCCUUUUGUUGAAGAUCCUCAGCAUAGGUUGCAGUGGGUGGCUCACCUAGAAUUCUCACACAAUAAAGAAGUAUCAAAUUUAACAUGGGAUAAAGUGGAAUUAAGGUUACCAAGAACUGAUAAACUUGCUACAAUGGUAAGAUCAGGUAUUCCCCAUUCUUUAAGACCUCAGAUGUGGAUGAGAAUGUCUGGAGCUCUAGAGAAGAAAUAUCAAUCAGAGCUCUCUUACAAAGAUAUUGUAAAAGUAUCCAGCAAUGAUUCUUUGAUGACGUCCAAACAAAUUGAAAAAGAUUUGUUACACAUUAUGCCAACAAAUGCCUGUUACAGUAAUAUUAAUAGUACAGGUAUUCCAAGAUUGAGAAGGAUUUUGCGUGGCAUUGCUUGGCUAUAUCCAGAAAUUGGCUAUUGUCAAGGUAUGGGUAUGAUUGCAGCAUCUCUUAUAUUGUUUAUGGAAGAAGAGUGUGCAUUUUGGAUUAUGGUGACCAUAGUGGAAGAUUUGCUACCAGCAUCUUACUAUAGUUCAACACUAAUAGGAAUCCAAGCAGAUCAACGAGUACUAAGAACAUUAAUAUCUAGUUACUUACCCGAUACUGAUGAAGUAUUGAAGAAUCAUGACAUUGAACUAUCUUUAAUAACUUUACAUUGGUUUUUAACCUUAUUCGCCAGUGUGGUCCACAUGAAAAUUUUACUCCGAAUAUGGGAUUUAUUUUUCUUUGAAGGAUCUAUAGUUCUGUUCCAGGUGACACUUAGUAUGUUAAAAAUGAAAGAACCAUUUUUGAAAGGAUUGGAAAAUUCUGCUCAAAUUUUCAACGCUUUGUCCGACAUUCCUGGAGACAUCGAUGAUGUAGACAUGUUGUUAGAGGUUUCCAAAGAACUAACAGGAUCAUUGAAUGAUGUUAUGCUAGAAACUUAUAGAAGAAGGCAUUUGGCUUAUUUAAUGGCAGAUCAUGGUACAUUAGUAGGAAAUCCUGAUUCUGCUCCUAAUCUUCCAAAACAACAUUUAGCAAGAAGACAAAUUAAGAAGAAUAAAUCUGUUAUUCAGUUAUUACUUUUCAAUGAAAACUUUGAAGAUGAUAUGAAAAGUAAGAACAUAAAACAGACAGAAAUUUUAGUGGAUCUCAGGGAAGCAAUUCUACAAGUUGCUAGACACUUUAUGCAGCUCGAUCCAAAAUUGGCAAACGAAAUUAGUUUAGUUGCUGAUUAUUCUAUGGAUAGCCAUGCUCAGGAUCAUAUAAAUUACAUUAAUGUCUCCAAAACUAGAAAAAGAAGAGCGAAAGCCCUUCUGGAUUUUGAGCGACAUGAUGACGACGAACUUGGUUUUAGAAAAAAUGACAUUAUCACUAUAAUCAGUCAAAAAGAUGAACAUUGUUGGAUUGGGGAGCUCAAUGGUUUGAGAGGUUGGUUUCCUGCGAAAUUUGUUGAAAUGCUGGACGAAAGAAGUAAACAAUAUAGUAGUGCUGGAGAUGACAGUAUAUCUGAAACUGUUACUGAUAUAGUUAGAGGUACUUUGUGUCUAGUAAUAAAACAAGUUUUAGAACACGGAAUGAAACGUCCAAAUUUUUUAGGUGGUCCAUGCCACCCUUGGUUAUUUAUAGAAGAAUCUGCAAUGAAAGAGGUGGAAAAAGAUUUCAAAUCUGUUUACAGUAGAUUAGUUCUUUGUAAAACAUAUAGAUUAGAUGAAGAUGGAAAAGUUUUGACUCCUGAAGAAUUGCUCUACCGUUGUGUUCAAGCUGUAAAUUUAUCUCAUGAUAAUGCGCACGCCCAAAUGGAUGUGAAACUACGAUCUUUAAUUUGUAUGGGCCUCAAUGAACAAGUGCUCCAUUUAUGGCUUGAAGUUCUAUGUUCUUCAAGUGAAAUUGUUAAAAAAUGGUAUCAUCCUUGGUCCUUCGUAUAUAGUCCAGGCUGGGUACAAAUCAAAUGUGAUCUUAGAAUACUUUCUCAACUGUCCUUCAAUUUAAAUCCAGAUUGGGAACUCCCUGUGAAAAAAGAGAACAACAAUCAACCAUUAAAGGACGGUGUUCGAGAUAUGCUUGUUAAACAUCAUCUAUUCAGUUGGGAUAUUUAAUACUGACAUUACGAUAUAAACGUUAUGAACACAAGCUGAAAUAAUGGAUAAAAGGAUGUAAUAGUCUGCUAAACUUGUUCCGCUGAUGUUAUGUUUGAUUCUUUUUAACUUCGUUCAUUCAAACUCAUUUAUUUGUGAUUAACUCAGUAUUUUUAUUUUUUAGAAAGUAUAACAGUUUUAAUACAGGAAAUAUAUUAUUACUUCUGAGAUUGUCAUAAAAAGGAUUACCAAUUUUUAUUUAUAAAUACUGUGUUCAAUGCAAGAUGUUUUUUUAAUACAAACAUUACUACAAUCUAAUAUUCAUAAUUAUUUUCAUCAUAUAAAAUAAAUUUUUGGGAUAGGAUUUCCAACUAUAUUCAUGAAUAUCAUAUAUAAAAUACAUAUUACAAAAUCGGGUUUACAGAUAGAGUGUUGUAUCUUGCAUUUUUAUUUGUCGUUUAUUAAGACUCUGGGUCAAUAAUUAUGGAUGAAUUGAAUUUAUCUUCUUUAUUUAUGUUCAUUCACUUAUUUUGUUUCUUAUAUUUAGAUUUAUUGCAUUCAAUCUCCUACACAUAUGGUUUACUGAAUGUUCAGUUUCUGUUCACAUCUAUGGAUUAAAUUAUAUUAUUAUUAUUAUUGCACUUUCAAUGUUACUAACCCAUAGACAGAAAAGAAUAAUCAUUGUGUUUGUGACCCCAGAUUAUAUACAAAGUUUUGCUCUGAAUUCUUAUUUGCGCUUUUGAUAAGACUUGCUCAGUAGCUCCGUCCUUCGAUUUACAUUAAAUAAGCAAUGUGUCCUUGUAAGCACAUGACACUGUGAUAAUUUAUAAUUUUGAUUCUACACUUCAUUGAAAAUUAACUGAUUUGUUUUGUUCAGCAUGUAUUAUGAAGAUUCUGUCUCUUCACAUUAAUUAUUAAAAUUAUUCCAUAUAUUUUUUUCGCAAAUAGAAUUUGGAUGCUUAAAACCUAAUAAAAAAAUAAGCUUCGACAUAUUGUCAGAUUUCUUUAUUUGAGAGGAAAAUAACGGAUUAGAAAGACUACUAUAUGCACAUAAAAUCUUCCAAAAUAUAAAUGAAACUAAUAAUAAUAAUAAUAUCAUGAUAAACGGAAAUACUUUUUUAGUCAGUAUUAUUUCUAUUAUUCUCUAAAACAUAUGGAAAUACUUUGUUUCUACUCAAUUUUUCUGUUUCAAAAACAACAAAUUUAGCUGCCGCAUAAUUAACAACCGAAGAUCUAUCAUCAAAAUCAAAUGUAUUUAUUAAUUUUAUUGUAAUGUGAAAAUAAAACAUAUAUUUCGAUAAUAAAUCAUUAAACGCUGAA